AGCACCUGAAGGCAACUGUGCUAUUAGUUUAUGUAGCAAUAGCGUUCCAAAAUGACGGAUCCGACAACGUCUCCAGAAGAUCACUGGAAAACAGAUGGGGCUUUCAGCGACAAUGGCUUUGACACCAAUUUCUUUGCUGAGACUGUCAGAAAAGGUAGCAUUGUGUCCAGAGCAAACAGUAUCGGCUCCACAAGUGCCUCUUCAGUACCAAAUACAGAUGACGAAGACAGCGACUACAGGCACGAGCCAUCGUAUAAGGACUCGUACAAAGAUCGACGGAGACAAGCACACACACAAGCUGAGCAGAAACGCAGAGACGCAAUCAAGAAAGGCUAUGACGACCUGCAAGUAAUCGUUCCAACCUGCCAACAGCAGUCUGAGUUUUCUGUUGGAGCACAGAAAAUGAGCAAGGCUACUAUUCUUCAAAAAACGAUCGAUUACAUCCAUUUUCUUCAUAAAGAAAAGAAGAAGCAAGAAGAGGAAGUUUCUCUGCUAAGAAAAGAAGUGAUGGCACUGAAGAUCAUGAAAACGAACUAUGAGCACAUAGUUAAAGCCCACCAGAACAAUCCGCAGCAGGGAGAGGAUCAGGUUUCUGACCAGGUCAAGUUCAACAUCUUUCAGAACAUCAUGGACUCGCUGUUUGUGUCCUUCAGUAAUUCUGUCUCCAUGAGCAGCUUCCAAGAACUGUCUGCGUGUGUUUUUAGCUGGAUCGAGGAGCACUGCAAGCCGCAGACGCUGCGGGAAUUUGUUGUUGGCGUGCUCCGGCAGCUCAAUGGUCAGCUGUAUUAGUAAAGGGAAAACCUCUGGCUAGCUUCCAGAAAUGGACCUUUAACCUGCUCCUGACUCCCAGGAGUUGAAUUUAAAUAGCAAUCACCUUCAGCCCAUGCAACAGUGUUUACCCUCAGGUCGACUCAUCAGAUUCCCUGAAUUACCUCCACAAACACUACGAGGAUGAAAUGCUGCCUUGGAUUAAGACAGGAAAUACUGCAGAAGAGCCACCUUUGAACCUCUUUACUGUUGGGGAAAUGAUGUCUCUGUUAUAUUUUAACUCAUCUAUGACAUGCUGACGCAAGAUUUUAAGCUAAAUGUAGCACGCAGAUAGCAUCUAGUUUUAAUUGCUUCAUAUAGUAACUGUUCUCUUUAUCAUUUUGAAGAAUUACAAGUUCCUUAAAAGAAACUGAUAAUAUGGUAAAAAGUUUCCAAUAAAAUAAUAUAUAAAACAAGGUGUUUGAAAUGAAGCAGCAGAAAAGCAGUUGCUUCUCCAAGUUUGCCUCCAAUUUCUGUUAAUUUAUGGAUCUAAAUUUAAAAGAUCUUUGAUUAAAAAUCUUUUCAUAGAAUUAAUAUAUUAUAGUGUUUGUCUGCUGUGUCUUUUGAUCAAUACAGUAACGUGACGGAGAUUUCAUAGCUCUUCGCCGUUAUUACCAAUAACCGUGUAGCUUUACUCUGAACAGGAGAGCUUUUCUUGCUUCAGUGCACAAACAUCAACCCACUCCUGACCUUUUUUUUUAUCAUUAUGAAUGUUUCCAGUUCUAACUGCAGAUUACAAGCACUUCUAUGUGUUUUCAGGAGCAUACCAUAUGGUGCCUCAAUUUCUAGCCUCGAUGUUUGCUUUAAAUGUUUUUACUGUGAAUGAAGUGCUCUGUAAUAGAGACUUAAGUAGAAAAAGAAGUGUUGUAAAUGUUAAUUUGCUGUUCUUUUGCUCAGUGAAGUGAGUUUAAAUUGUCUCUUUUCAGGAAAGUGUUGGCUUUGACGAGCCUUUUUUUUUUAUACAACAUUAAAAUAAGUUGUUAUAAUGCAAAUAUGGGAAAUGUUUCCAUAAGUUAUAUUGUUCAGUAUAUGUUUACUGGCACUACAGCUUUCAUUUGCUAUAAAUCGGAUCACCUUGAAUGCUUCAUCCCUGCUGUAACACUUCUGUGCUUAUGAAAACAUGAUUUAUAAAAGAAUUGAAUCGU